GUGGCCGACUGGUCACGUGGCCCCGGGCGCUUUUAUUUGCGGAAGUAGAAGGUGCUGAGUAAGUCGAGACCUGGUCCAACACCCACGGUGCUGCAGGUGACCAAAUGGGGGUGCGGGCAGCCACAACCGGCGGCACACGUGCUGUGGCUUUCAUGGGCAGCAGGGCCUCCCCACCUGCCCCAGGGAGGAUGCAGUUCUUCGGCCGACUGGUCCACACCCUCAGUAGCGUCACCAAUCUGUUCUCGAACCCGUUCCGGGUGAAGGAGGUGCCCCUGGCGGAGUACAGCGCAGGCAGCCGCGUCUGUGAGGACGGCCAGCUGAUUCUGUUCCACAGCCCCUCCAGCCGCACCUGGGACUGCGUCCUGGUCAACCCCAGGAGCCCACAGAAUGGAUUCCGGCUCUUCCAGCUGGAGACGGAGGCCGACGCCCUGGUGAACUUCCAGCAUUAUUCCGCCCAGCUGCAGCCCUUCUACGAGAGCUCGCCCCACGUCCUGCAGACGGAGGUCCUGCAGCAGCUGACCGACCUCAUCCGCAACCACCCCAGCUGGUCGGUGGCCCACAUGGCCGUGGAGCUGGGCAUCCGAGAGUGCUUCCGCCACAGCCGAGUCAUCAGCUGCGCCAACAGCACGGAGCGGGAACAGGGCUGCACGCCCCUGCACCUGGCCUGCCGCAAGGGCGACGGGGAGCUCCUGGUGGAGCUAGUGCAGUACUGCCACGCCCAGGUGGACGUGACCGACAACAACGGGGAGACCGCCUUCCACUACGCCGUCCAGGGGGAUAACCCCCAAGUGCUGCAGCUUCUAGGCAAGAGCACGUCGACCGGCCUGAACCAGGUCAACAGCCAGGGCCUGACCCCGCUGCACCUGGCCUGCCAGCUGGGGAAGCAGGAGAUGGUGCGUGUGCUGCUGCUCUGUAAUGCCCGCUGCAACGUCCUGGGGCCCAGCGGCUACCCCAUCCACAUGGCCAUGAAGCACUCCCAGAAGGGGUGUGCAGAGAUGAUCAUCAGUAUGGACUGCAACCAGAUCCACAGCAAGGACCCCCGCUAUGGCGCCAGCCCCCUGCACUGGGCCAAGAACGCAGAGAUGGCCCGCAUGCUGCUGAAACGUGGCUGCGACGUGAACAGCACCAGCUCGGCGGGGAACACCGCCCUGCAUGUGGCCGUGAUGCGCAACCGCUUCGAGUGCGUCAUGGUGCUGCUGACCUACGGGGCCCACGCUGACGCCCGCGGGGAGCAUGGCAACACCCCGCUGCACCUGGCCAUGUCGAAGGACAACGUGGAAAUGAUCAAGGCCCUGAUUGUCUUUGGGGCGGAAGUGGACACCCCGAAUGACUUUGGGGAGACUCCUGCCUUAGUAGCUUCCAAGAUCAGCAAAGUUGCCACCAGAAAGGCGCUCCUCACCCUGCUGAGAACUGUAGGGGCCGAGUACCGCUUCCCCCUCAUCCCAGGGGUCUCCAUGGAGCAGGGCCCCACCGCCUCGCAGCACCCUGUCUUGUCCCAGGAAAGAGCUCAGCCCCCACCCAUCAACCUAAGCAACCUAGAACUGCAGGACAUCAAGCACAUCUCACGGACCCGGAAGCCAGCCUUCAUCCUGAGCUCCCUGCGGGAUGAGAAGCGCAGCCACGACCACCUGCUCUGCCUGGACGGAGGGGGCGUGAAAGGCCUGAUCAUCAUCCAGCUCCUCAUCGCCAUUGAGAAGGCCUCGGGCAUCGCCACCAAGGACCUCUUUGACUGGGUGGCCGGGACCAGCACAGGGGGCAUCCUGGCCCUGGCCAUCCUGCACAGCAAGUCCAUGGCCUACAUGCGCGGCGUGUACUUCCGCAUGAAGGACGAGGUGUUCCGGGGCUCGCGGCCCUAUGAGUCAGGACCCCUGGAGGAGUUUCUCAAGCGGGAGUUUGGAGAGCACACCAAGAUGACGGACAUCAAGAAGCCCAAGGUGAUGUUGACAGGGACCCUGUCUGACCGGCAGCCGGCAGAGCUCCACCUCUUCCGGAAUUACGACGCCCCGGAGACCGUGUGGGAGCCUCGCUUCAGCCAGAACACUAACCUGAAGCCCCCCACCCAGCCCGCAGAACAGCUUGUGUGGAGGGCAGCGCGCAGCAGCGGGGCAGCCCCCACCUACUUCCGGCCCAAUGGGCGCUUCCUGGAUGGCGGGCUGCUGGCCAACAACCCCACGCUGGACGCUAUGACUGAGAUCCACGAGUACAACCAGGACUUGGCCCGCAAGGGUCAGGGCAACAAGGUGAAGAAACUCUCCAUCGUCGUGUCCCUGGGCACAGGGAGGUCCCCACAGGUGCCCGUGACCUGUGUGGAUGUCUUCCGUCCCAGCAACCCCUGGGAACUGGCCAAGACCGUGUUUGGGGCCAAGGAACUGGGCAAGAUGGUGGUGGACUGUUGCACGGACCCUGACGGGCGGGCAGUGGACCGGGCCCGGGCCUGGUGCGAGAUGGUUGGCAUCCAGUACUUCAGGCUAAACCCCCAGCUGGGGGCAGACAUCAUGCUGGAUGAGGUCAGCGAUGCGGUGCUGGUCAACGCCCUGUGGGAGACCGAGGUCUACAUCUACGAGCACAGAGAGGAGUUCCAGAGGCUCAUCCAGCUGCUGCUCCAGCCCUGAGUCCACCAGCCUGCCCGGAGCGCCCGCCCGAGCUGGCCUGGGGCCCGCCCUCCUCUGCUGCCACCUCGGCAGGUGGCGGGAGCCCUCGCCUGCCCUGUCAGCUGCAACACUAAGGGUGUACACAUGCCCCACCCGGCCCCUUGCAGGGCCACGGAGACCACCCAGCAUCCCCUUCCACCGACCCCCUUCUCUUUGGGGCUAACGGCAGGAAAAAGGGCGCGGGCACCGGAUGCCUGUUUGACUUUGCCCCCCACGCCUCUCAGAGCCACCCGCCGCCGCGCGCUUGCCCCGCUCCCAAAGGUCACCCCUGGGAGCCAGUGCUUCUGAACAAGGAAGUGGCUGAGUGUGAAAUAAACCUGGUGAACUG